UCCUUCUGCACCGCUGCUCUAACAAUUGCAACCUGAUCCGAACAUUACACUGUGUUACCAAGAGCCGUUAGAGCAAGGAUCCGUUGCCGUUCCCGUUAACUCGAUUAGGAAUGAACAACAAACGAACUGUUCAACCAAACGAACUGUUUGCGAGUGUGAUCAAUCAGAAGGGGAUCCGCUGUCGGAUACCUCGAAUUGUGAUUUUGUUUAUCCAUUGGUAUGCUCAUCUAGUGAAUCAUCUGACAACGAGCAUGAAGAUUGUGUUCCAGAACAAGUACAGCACUCUGUUGAAGAUAGAGAAUCUACAUGCCAAGACCCUGGAAGAAAGCGUACCUCCGUCGCAGACAUCGGCACUGGGCCUUCAAAUGAAAAUCGUCGGGCCAGUUGCACUCUUCAAACUAAAGAUUCUAACGCUGGAAGAAAACUCCACGUGUAGUCCCUGCAAAAUCUAGAAAAGACUAAGUUGACAUACAGUCAA